AACUUCCGCAUUCUUGUCUUUCUGUCUCAUCAGAACUCAACGUGCUGGUGUGUGUCUUCUGCCGUCAAGUCGAGCUGGUGUCGUCUGAACACUGCUACUUGAAGUGUGCUGAUACUCAAUGUUUCUAUUUUGGAGGAGUCGAGGCGCUUUCAGUAUAUGAGCUCCCUGCAAGAACUGUCUUCAUCGGGAGCAAUCCCGGUGAAAAUUUCUACUGGAGGCUAGACGAAGAAAAAAUUUUGUGAUAAGCAAAACUUCUUCCAAAAAAAUCAACCGCUUGUGUGUGUAUGGGACAGGAGAAUAUCGAAGUAGAAAGUCGACUUGUCCAGGGGGAAUUAAAGAAGUAACACUUGAAGAAGGCACUGACAUGGACGAGCUUCUACAAGCUGUGUCACCAUGACAGAAGCGUCGGACGGCUUCUUUCUAAAUGUGACCACUCGCGGUUUCUUCUGGAUAAAUAGGCUCCCCUGGAAAGUGUGAAUGGAAGUGGAGGAGGCUGUGUGUCGCUGUCAAAAGUGAACGACAAGUACAUGAUGAAGAAACAAAAUUGCAGUAAAGCAAAGCUACCCAGCAUUUGUUCCUGCUUCACAGAGCGCACUGAGCUGUUGACUUCCGAGGUAACAACUUUAAGAACCACAUCCGUGACGCAAUCGACAGAGCUCAUCACGCAUGCGUUGACGACAGAAACAGUAACGGAAAAGUCUUCUACCAUUGCAACAGAGACAUCUACUGCCACACUGUUGACCCUCGUGAACUUCACUAGCUGCUCCCAGUUAGAAGGAAACAACGAGAGCGGAAGUAGGAGGAUCACGUGGCCAUGUGGAACACAACCUGCUCCAGCUCUGGGAAGCAAGCGUAGAGACCCGGCUGUAGAACCAUCGAAUAAUUUAACAGCCAUCAUCGCAGCAGCUGCAGCUGGAGGUGUUGUACUAAUUGUUGCUGUUGUGGUAACUAUUUACUUGACGACUUGCAGGUCUAAAAAUUCAAUCAUCCAGAGGGACAAGUAUGGUCGUGUUCAGUAUCCCAUCUAAAAACUAUUCUUCACGAGCUGUGUAAGCACGGAAAACACUACUAUAAGUACUGAACUAAACAUCAACAUGUCCUUAGUGCCUGGUGUCCACAGCCGCAGGACUACGAGUGAAAAUGUGGCUGAAAUGAUAACAAAUAUUGUGCAGCAGAUACCAACAGAACAACAUUGUUACACAGAUAGUAAUAGAACUGUGUACAUCGACUCUCCACUAUAGAAUUUUUGUUUUUAUAUCUAGAGAUCGGUUGAGACAAGUCUUGGUUUUCACGUGAUUAUAGACUGGCAGGAGAUGCUCUUUAUAUGUACAAACAAGUAGAAGUGUUACUGAACGGUCAGAAAGUUAAUUGUGUCUCUGCAAAAACUGUGUAUAAAGUUACAUCUUGCGCAUAUGUUUAUUUACCAGAAGUUGGAUAACAAUAUUUAUAAAUACAUGGUCUUUAUUUUG